AUGCCUGACAUCAAUGCCCGUGUAAAUGAGGAGAUAGAUGCGCAUCGACGACGGGACUCGACCGUUUUUGCUUCCAGGGAUUCUCUGCAAUCCGGGGAGUACCUCUCACUACUGGUGAUAAUCUGUUCCGUCGAUCCAUCAUUGCCAUCAAUCAGUCCGGAAAACUACUUUGCACUCUGUGCGAAGUCUAUCGAGCUCUCUGAGUUACUUCUGCUCGCAUACAGGUCGGGAUCAUUCACGCAAUUGGCUCGCCACCCAUCUCUUCGUAUUUUUGCACCCUCAGUGACAGAUGGCAAUGCACGUAUAGCUGGGGGGUCCCAGCCGCUCGUAAAGUCUCUUAGCAACCGAAGCCUCCUAGCGGCUUUCCAGGAGCCUUACGUCGGCACAGUGCACAAGUGUUUCGUCGAGGCCUUGGAUUCCUAUCUGAAUCUCCCAAACGAGAAAAAGCUUUACAUGAGAUCUAUAUCUGUCGUGCAAUCCUCAGGAAUGGGAAAGUCGCGUAUGAUAGACGAGGCAGCCAACCUUGUUUUCACUAUUCCGGCGAAUAUCCGUGAAGCACUGCCCGAGGGAAUAGCAACUUAUCCUCCUCCGGAUGUACGGCUUCGUGCAUACUUUGAAUAUCACUAUAACAAAAGUGACCAGCUCCUCCAAGCUGAAUAUGCGAUAUUACUCAAGCACAUGUUUGCUACUGCGACUGCCAGAGUGCCAAUUGUGGCCAGAGAUCGGAAAGGAAGUGAACUGGCAACUGCAUGGGCAAGUUACCUCAAGGAUGGACAAGCCGAUGAGGGAGUCGGAGGAAACCGCGAAGCGUUCUACGAGGCAGCAUUGACUGCUGCUGAAAAGGAUAGGAAGCUGGUUUGUGAAGAUGACGACGUAUUGAAACGUCCUGGUUUUCUGGACACGCUGUUUCAGGAGAUGAAUGCCAGUGCCGAACAGAUGAUCCGUACAUUAGGGCCAAGUUCGUCUGCUGACAAAACCCAAUGCCUGUUAUACUUUGACGAAGCACACUCCCUUACCGAACCUCCGAAAGUCGUCAGCGAAGUGCGCACACGCAGCCCCUAUCAAAACCUGGGAACAGUCUUGUCGCAGCUCGUUGACCUGCCGAUCUUCUUUGUUUUCUUGUCGACCAACAGUCACCUGCAGAAAUUUGCACCCUCGGCCAGAGACCACCCUUCGCUUCGUGCUUCGAAGGGUCAAUAUCUUAUCCCUCCAUUUACCGAGCUUCCAUUCGAUGUCUUUACCGACCAAGUCCUCAAGAAGAUGAAAGGCUCCAACGAGCCCCGUUCGCUUCGUAACGCAUGCACAAUUGAAGUGAUGUCAAGCAUGGGUCGCCCGCUGUGGUUCGUACAUCAUAAGCUGUUGGAAGAGCAAAAAAGGACACGACAGCGGCGAUCGGUGGACGCCGUUGUCUCCAUGGCCUACGAGAAACUAACCAGCGGGGGUGCCCCCUCGCGAACCUCCCAGGCCGAACUUGCUGCACUCAGCGUUCGGAUUGGAAUAGCCUUCGAGUCUAUGAACCCUGCUGCUCGCGAAACCGAGUCGCAGCAAGUUGAGCGCCACAUGCGUAUCGUGUAUGCUAUCCCUGAGCAUCGGGAAUACAUGCGAACUGGAACAUCAUCAGAGCCCGUGCUGGCUGAGGCGGCUUCGAAGUACCUUCAUAAUGUCUCUGGGGAUGGUGGAAUAGCUGUUCUAGCCCCCCGAAUCCUGGCAGACAACUGUCAAAAGGGGUUUCUUGCAAGAGGCGAGCGAGGAGAGCUUUGCGGCCGACUUCUGGUUACAAUUGCGCACGAUAUUGCUUUGACAAGAGACCCUUAUACAAUCGACCCGCCGCUGGAGGAUUCUAAGCCAGGAUUUCAUCGACCUGUCCCUGUUCUGGCCUUUCUCCGUUCACUGUUCGCGAGCGAACAUCACGACACUAUACUGAAGGCAACGCCAGUGUCCGACGAAGAGGAAGGACAAUCUUUGGAGGUCGUGUUUAAGGAUGCGUUUGUUUCUUUCUCUCAUUUCGCUCUUGCCGAGGACUCCGAUAUGCUGUCGUCCAAAGCCCUGAGGACAGCCCUGUUCCGCGGGAUGGCGAUGCAAGCUAAGGACAACCAGCCAUCAAUCGACGCGGUGAUUCCGAUACAUAUGGGGUCUGUUGAUCAGGCUAUCACGACGGAGACCACUUCUGCAAUCAACCUUCAGUUCAAGAACCGGAAGCAUUCUCUCGACUGCCCUGUCGACCGCACAAUCACAGUUGCUGAUGCGAAGAAACCAGUGAUAUCGAUUGUGUUCGAGUUCGGAGAGACGAACAGCACGCUUCCACGCAUACAGGUUCGCCACGAGCAUCAUCGCAGAACCCGAAGCAAUAGAACUCACCCCGACGACAAACACUACUCGUUCAUUACUCGCGGCUUUGGUCCAGAAACCUACGAGUCGAUUCCUGCCGAAGCCACGCACUAUUAUCGGACGAUAUUGGCCACGGGUGGUCUGAAGGAUGAUUUUCCUCGAGCCAAGAGCGCGUGUUCGUGGAGGCUGCUGAGGGAGCUGAAGCCCACUUUCGACGGCACGGACUGUUGCGCUGAAUGGGACAGCUAG